UAGAAGUAAGUGGUCAAGGUGAACAGUGGUCAAGCAAUGCCCUUUUUGCAGAUGUCACAUGCAUAGACAACCAACGAAGAGGGGGCUUGUGUUUCUCUCGAUUUCUUUCGUGAAGAACAGAGGAUAACAGAGAUUUAACUUCAUCUGUGUGUCUCCUCAUCAAGAAUGAAACAGCUGUACGGUGCAGUGGCGUUGUUUGCAGUUCUCUGUUUGAAUGGAAUAAGCAGUAAGCAAUUGAAGGAAGAACAGAUGCAAAUCCAUGAAGACGGUGAAAGAGCAUUUAAAGAACGAAUUGUGGCUAACACUCGCAGUCUACUGCAACAAGCAGGACGUAUCAAAGUGUUGAAGGAAACUGGAAAAGCGCGUCUUAUAAAGGCAAAUAAGGGAUAUGGGGUACGCAACCAGUACGUUAUUCGAUUGAAGGAAGGACUAACUGAUAAACAAGUUGCACGGUUUCUGGAGACGAUUCCGCGGUACAAAGGCGACCACAUUAAAUUUAACAGUGAAACAGACAUAGUAAUGGUGAAGCUUACAGAAAGCGAGGUGGAAGAAGUAAGAAAGAACACAGAUAUUAUUGAAGAAAUCGAGCAAGAUGUUAUAGUGAAAGUUAAUGACGAUUUUAGAAGCUGUCAUGAAUACAACGUACUUGACUUAUAUGGACUGUGGGGCUUGGACAGAGUUGACAAAAUCCGAGAUGACAAUCGCCUGCUAAGCUGGGGUAACGGCAGUGGAAUAGAUGUCUAUAUUAUUGACACUGGAAUAAGACCCAGUCAUGAGUGUUUUGCAGGAGGGAGAGUGACACUUGGCUUUCCCGACACGUCAGAAACGGCCGCCAUUGACGACCAUGGUCACGGCACUCAUGUCGCGGGCACAGUUGGUUGUUCAAAGUACGGAAUUGCUAAAGAAGUUCACCUGAUCGCUGUGAAGGUAUUAGAUGGCAACGGAAGCGGUACCUCCCAGGGCGUUCUAAACGGAAUGUACUGGGUGCUUGAGCAGGUGCGUGCUAGAAAGCGCACAUCUGUGGUGAAUAUGUCCUUAGGCGGAGGCUACAGCACUGCGUCGAACGACGCCGUUGCAGCCUUGGUUGAUGAAGGUAUCCCUGUCGUCGUCGCUGCAGGAAACGAUAAUGAAGACGCCUGUCUCAGUUCCCCAUCCAGUGCCCCCAAAGCAAUUACAGUAGGUGCAACCACCUCGUCUGAUUCCAGGGCGGAUUUUUCCAACUAUGGCCGUUGUGUAGAUAUAUAUGCCCCCGGAGACCGUAUUCUCUCAGCAACUAAUAAAACCGACACUUCCACUGCAGUAAAGAGUGGCACAUCUAUGGCGUCUCCUUUAGUCGCUGGGGCGGUUGCGGCACUGGGAUCGGUGUUCGUUGCAGAGGGUUACUUCCAGGAAAAUACCCCUGCGUUUGAACGAUUGGUGAAUCAUUAUUUGAUGUAUUUUGCCGUUACCACACCUGGGGAAAACCACCGCUUGCUACAUGUUGAAUGUUUAUCUUCUUCUUGAAUGUUAAUCUUCGACUGCUAGAUAAAAUUCCACUCUCGUAACCUGUAAUUAGUUUCAUUCAAAUGUUAAGUGCUGUAGUUUAUUGUACCAUCAGCAUAGGCGCUGGCGGUACACAUGGUUUUAGUCCCGACCCGUCUCGUCCGCCGUAUCCGCUGCCAUGUCACCGUUACUGCGACUACAAGAACCUGCGUGUUGGUGCACGGGUUUAGGUGUGGCGCUCGUCGCAAUGCACCCUUGUCCAAAAUUUGGAUUUGAACUUUUACUUUUCCCCAUGAUU